CUCAUCAGAACUUCUUCCGCAGAACUGAACGGGUUCUGAUGAGAAGAAGAAAGUUCUGAGAGAAGUUCUGAUGAGGACUAACCCAAACCACUUCUGAAGAUGCAAGCCACUCGUGCUUGCGAAACGUCACGAAGAAAUUCUACCGAACGACGGCCGAGAAACCCGAAAAACCCACUAGUUUCAAGGAAUGGCCUCGAAAGUCUCUUUUGACCUUUCAAGGGAGUAAACUGCUUUUGCUUUGGUCCAUCAACAAAGCUCCUGAUAGUAGGAAGCGAAAGCGGCAGCCUGCAGCUCUGGAACACUUUCAUCUCCAAAACCAUUGCCACAUUUUCCGCAUCCUCUGCAGGAAUUGUCGAUGUUCAAAUUAUCGAUAGCCACGAUCUGUUUUUGAGCUGCUCGAGUGACGGUGUUCUGAAGUUGUGGUGCUUAAGAGAGUACACGUGCCUGCAGACAAUCAAGCUGAAAUUUCCCUGCUUUCGCAUCGACGGGAAAACCAUCGAGUGGAGCAACGGGUGUCUUAAUCCAGGCCCCAAGAGGAAACAACCCCACACGGCUCAAGUCAGUGAAACUGAGCAGGAAACCUUCGGGAUUAGUGAUGUAGACGAAAAGCAAUUUCUGGAUCAAAAAGCAAAAACACGACCUCUGACCGACCUUUGGGAACGAUCCAGUGUUCUGGUAACAUGCUGCAACUAUAUGGCAUUUUUGAGGGCAAACUUCGCAAAUGCCUCCAUCGAGGACGGAUUCACUUGUCCGAUAGUUCCACCACCGCCUUUGCAAAAUAGUGUUCUAAUCCCCGCCAAUUGGCGCUUUAAAUCGGAAACUACUCCUUGUGAAGGGAGCAAAGGAAAUGGUUGGGACUUUAAAAAACAGCUGGAAAACUUGAGCUUCAUUCUGGACAAAAACCUGCUGGAGGAGGCUGGGGCGAGGAGCGACAUCAACUACAAAAUCGCCGCAUUGGAGUCGCAAAAAGAAAAGAUGCGCUCGAAAGUGGCCUUAGGUUCGCCAUACUUAGCGCUAGACCUGCCCGAGAUCCAGCCCUUGGAGUUAACCCCUGAUGUUUCCCUUGAGAACGGCACAAAACGGCAAAAAUACGCCGGGAAGAUUGAAAAUCUUCUUCAAGAUGCCGCGCGGAGGGACCACAUAUUUUCCUCUUCGGCAUCUUCUGCUGCUUUAUCGCGUUCAAGCAGAAGCAGCGUUGUUGAAAUUCCCUACUAGAUUAGAGACUUUUGAAGAAAUAAACUCUAGAAGCAGCAUUGC